UAAUAAAAUAAAAUGAGGAGUAACAGAUCAAAGUGUAUUAACUCCACCUACCGAAUUAUUCUAAUACAGAACGGAUUUUUUAUCUAUUUCAAACCUUGAAAACUUAUGUCAAAUUAUGACGCAUCAAACUGUAUUACUUUUUAUUAUAAAAAAGAACCAAAAGUAGUCACCGUUUCAAACAAUAUUAGAUCCAGGUUCGUUGCCAUAUCCAAGUGUAUUAAAUUUUGUCGCUAGAACAAAGUGUGUUACAUCCAUAGACAUCAAGUACAAGUCAUUUCUGAACGCAACAAACUAUAUUGUUUGUGGUCACUUGUCACUCGAUGUCAAUAUGACAGGAAACAUUGGCGGUUAUGUUGUCACUGUUGUUGUGUUAAUGUUUUUUGAAUAAUAAAAUAGAUUUGUUAUUAUUUUAUGGUAAUAAUCGUAUGUAAAUAUGGAAGAAUCAAUAUUUGUUGGAGAACAUUCGGAUGGUUCACGAAAACGGCCACGUAAUAAAAACCUAAGAGCUCGGCGUAAAGAAGCAAGAUACCGUGAUAGUGAUCCGGCUUUGUUAGCCUUUAAUCCACCAUGUACACAUACGACAAAACGGUAUUCUUGCUGUUUGAUUUCUAUGAAUUACCUGAUUUAUGCGAAACAAAAAAUGUAUGACGCCCAUACGAAAAUUGAGCAGGAUAGGCGAUUGUCAUACAUGUUAAGGGUUUCAGGCACUAAACGAUCUAGGCCAGUAGCAAAGCCUAAAACUAAGUCCAGAAAUGCUAAGAAAUUCUCCGUUAAGUAUUACAUUCCUGUCAAACAAGGGAAAAUGAUGCCUGUUUGUGCAAAGUUUUUUCAAAAGUUGUUUAAUGUUUCUCAAACCAGAAUCAACUCAAUUGCAAAGGGUGUUUUUAGUGGUGAAGGAGUUCAUGAACGGAGAGGUGGAAAUCACAAGGCACAUCUGUAUGCCCAGAAAAAACAGGCCGUUAUUGAAUUCAUUUCUAAACUUGAGGGUAGUAUAAGUCACUAUAAUCGCCUUAAAAGCAAGCGCAUAUAUUUGCCAUCCACGUUGUCAAUAAAUAAGCUUUACAAAAUUUACAACAGUCAAGCCAAUGAAAAUCUUAAAGUUAAAAAAACUUUCUUUGCCACAAUAUUUUGUACAAAAUUUAAUAUUGGCUUCGGAACUCCUGCUGUUGAUGUUUGUAGUUAUUGUAAAAGGAUGGCGUCUGCCAUGAGAGCAGAAACUGAUACACAAAAGAAAAACAGUUUGAUGCACAAUUUGGGAGCUCAUAAGUUACGUGCCAAGACAUUUCAUAAGUUACUAAAAGCAGACUAUUCUGAUAGUGUCAGACUUUGUUUCGAUCUUCAACAAAUUCAUCCUCUUCCUAAACUGAAUAUUAGUGAAGCUUACUAUGCUCGGCAAAUAAACUUUUAUACUUUUUGUAUUGUUGACCUGAAUAUGCAGGAUUCACAUUUUUUUACGUGGACAGAAACGGAGGCCGGAAAAGGCUCAGUGGAAAUAUCCUCUGCUAUACUAUCAUAUCUACAAACAUACAAUUUUGCCGAAUCCAAGACCAAAUUGAGACUGUUCUGUGACGGUUGCGGAGGGCAGAACAAAAACAUGCAUGUCGUUCAUAGUUUAUGUUGGUGGCUUUUUACUAAAGCUCCUGUACAUAUUGAGGAAGUUGUUUUGUUCUACCCUGUAAGAGGGCAUUCUUAUAUGCCUCCAGAUCGUGUCUUUGGAGUGGUAGAAAAAGAAUUGAAGAAGAGAGAAGAAAUCAUCACACGAAAAGAAUAUACACAAGUUUACUCUGAAAAAGGAAAAGUCCAUGAAUUGGGAAAGGAAUGGAAUACGCUGGAUAUAAAAAGUCUAUCAGAAUUCAUGAAAAAGAUGGAUGGAAUCAGAGAUGCUAAAAGGAUUUAUAUAAAAAAGACAAUGGUAAGAAACAAAGCAACAAGGCAACUUAAACCAAGAAUAGAUGUCAAAAUGGAAAAUUUCUACAAUGCUGAUACUGGAAAAGACUAUGGUCCAAUUAUGAAAAGGGGUUUUAAAAUUGAAAAUAUACCAGAGCCUGCAAUCAUCAACAAUAAUAAUUUACUAAAUCAGGCAAAGAAAAAUGAUGUAAACAUGUUACUGAAGAAACGUUUUGGAGAGGAAUGGCAAGAUAAUGGGGAGUUAGAAUAUUACAAAAAAAUUAUAAACAGUGAUGGUGAUGGUGUUACCGAUUCAAAUCAAGAACAGCAGGAAAUGUGUGACUGUUUGGAAGAGGAGGAUGAAAUAAGUAAAUUUUAGUUCAGUGUGUAAUAGUCUUCACACCCAUGUCAAACUGUAUUAAAUCCCAAAUGUGCCACAUCAAACAGUAUUAUUUUAUGGUUAAUGCAUCAAUAUGUAUUAAAUCCAAAAAAAUAUGUAAAAUUUUAUUGAUAAUUAAUAAUAAGAAGUAUGUGGAUUUCAGUUUUAUUUGCUGAUUUGACUUCCAAUAAACCCUAUUACAAUACAAAGUUGUUUGUUUUUGUCCUCUCUUAAAAAUAUUAUGGAUUAUGCUUUUAUCUCAAAAGUUACAUUAACGGAGUUAAAACACUU